CCCUAGGGGAGGGACGGGAAUGCAGCGAACAACGUUUCCAAAUAACUGGAAUUCCGUUUCCGCUUUAGGGAGUGGACAUUGAUUUCAUUUCUUCGCCCCGCGGAAACUUUUUCUAUUAAUUCGCAUAAAGUUUCUUCUUGCCAUCGACUUGGAUAAGUUGCACCGAUGGCUUCGUCGCCUCAGAAGUCUCCGUCCUCUCCCAAGUCCCCGACACCUAAAUCACCGUCUUCCAGAAAGAAAGAUGAUUCGUUCUUGGGAAAACUUGGAGGAACUCUGGCAAGAAGGAAAAAAGCUAAGGAAGUGUCCGAGCUUCAGGAGGAGGGGAUAAACGCCAUCAAUCAUCCUCUCAGCCCCUCCCACUAUGAGCUGGAUCCUGAGGACACAAUGCUAGAGGAGAAUGAAGUGCGCACCAUGGUGGACCCUAACUCCAAGAAUGACCGCAAGCUACAGGAACUCAUCAGGGUAUUGAUCGACUGGAUCAAUGACGUACUAGUGGGAGAGAGGAUCAUCGUUAAGGACCUGGCGGAGGACCUGUACGAUGGACAGGUCCUGCAGAAACUCUUCGAGAAGCUGGAGGGCGAGAAGCUGAACGUGGCGGAGGUUACGCAGUCGGAGAUCGCCCAGAAACAGAAACUCCAGACAGUUCUGGAACGCAUCAACGACUCCAUCAAGGUGUCUACCCGUAGCAUCCGCUGGAAUGUUGACUCGGUCCACGCCAAGAGCAUUGUUGCCAUCCUGCACCUGCUGGUGGCGCUGUCCCAACACUUCCGUGCUCCAAUCCGAUUGCCCGACCAUGUCUCCAUUCAAGUAGUGGUCGUCCAGAAAAGAGAGGGCAUUCUUCAGUCCCGGCAGAUUCAAGAGGAAAUCACUGGAAACACAGAGGCUUUCUCUGGAAGACAUGAACGGGAUGCUUUUGACACCUUGUUCGACCACGCUCCAGAUAAGCUGAAUGUUGUCAAAAAGACUUUGAUCACAUUCGUGAACAAACACCUGAACAAACUGAACCUUGAGGUGUCUGAACUGGACACACAGUUUGCAGAUGGUGUUUACCUGGUCUUGCUGAUGGGGCUCCUGGAGGGGUAUUUUGUGCCUCUCUACAACUUCUUCCUCACUCCGGAGAACUUUGACCAAAAGGUCCACAAUGUGUCCUUCUCCUUCGAGCUGAUGCAGGAUGGAGGGCUGGAGAGGCCCAAACCCAGGCCAGAGGACAUCGUGAACUGUGACCUAAAGUCCACCCUGCGUGUGCUCUACAACCUCUUCACCCGCUACAGGAACGUUGAGUGACCGGCUUCUGUUGCUGGAGGUAAUCCCUUUACAGCGGGCCUCCCCAUCAGUACAUUUGGUCAUCUUGUUUAUUUUCCAUUGACUUUCUCCCUCCGAAGAAAAUAUAUUUUCCAAAAUAUUGCUCCCGUAUACCACAUUUCACUUUACCGUAUUCUCUUGCUUAUUGCACAUUUCCACACUGCUCAACAGACCUGUAAAGUCUGUAGUAGACAUAUGACCCAUUAGGUGAAGCAAUGUUAUUUUUACACGCAUAAAGCAUUGUAUCUUUAGUAUCCUGUUGCCAUGCCAUCCCUAGAUUUCGGUUACGCCAUUUGGACAAUUUUGGUGGGAGACGCUUGCUUCUUUUUUCCUUCUAAGAUGUAUUUAUUGUACAUUAGCAUCCACCAUGUUAUGGUGUCUUUGCUUAGCUGAACUGUAAAAGUGUGACCAAAGCUUUGUUAUAAGAAAUCUAUUUUUCUCUAUUUGUUUUUAUAAUGCAUUAACCACUGGCCUGAUUUAACAUCCUAGUUCGUCCCAGUAGAUGUUGAAUCAGUUCUGCCGGCUGAAACUAUAACACUCACCUGACCGGUUUCAUGGAGCACGUUAACCAGGCUAUGCAGUACUGGGCGUGGACAUGACUAGCUUGCUCUCACACACAUUGCGUUAGUAAGGCAAGAAAAAUACAUGUUUAAAAGAUAAGAUAAGAUAAAAGAUAAGUUGGUAAGAUAAUUAAAGUUGUAUUGUUUCUGAGAAAAGGGAUCAAGUUGUGAUUAUGGUCACCCCCCUUAUUGAUGGUUUAAAGAGAAAACUGAAAUAAAUCUUAGUUUUAUGCUCCUGCUGAAUGGACCUUUCAAAUAUUUUUGGAUAACAUAGGCCUUAAUACAUGCAAACAAAACCCUAAGUAUAUAGCGAUGAAUAUAGCUGCCCACAAAUUGUUUGUUCCUGUCUAUUGAAGGUUUGUCAUAAAUGUAGUGUGCAUCAUUCAAUAAACCACUCAUUCUCUGAA